GGAGAUAAAGACACAAAAGCUACCAAGAUAGCUUUAGGAACAUCCGAGUAUGAAAACUUCAAGAUGAAGGCCGGAGAAUCCGUUCAAGAUAUGAACAAGCGAUUCAACCUCAUUGUCAACAAUUUGAGUAAGCUAAAUAAAGUUUAUCCCACUAGUGAGAUUAACACCAAGAUUAUAUUCUCUCUUCCUAGAGAGUGGCAUAGUCUUGUUGUAAAUUUGUUGCCCAAAUGUGCGGAUGUUGAAACCUCCACCAUUUGGAGCAGCCUAUACUCUCACGAGCUUCUUUUGAAGAAAAUGAAGGAAGAAGAACAGGUUCCUAUCAUCAAGAAGACCAUGGCACUCAAAAUAGAUGACCAUCCGGAAAGCGAAGGAGAAAGUGAUGAGGAGCUUGCCAUGUUCAAGAGAUACAAGAAGUUUAUGAAAUGGAACAAGGGCGAAUCCUCAAAAAGAUUUCCAUCAAAGAAAG